UCUUCUUAUCGCCGCCGCCACCACCUAUUUCCCUCUUUCACUGCAACUUUCAUUGCCGAAGGCUUUAGCCAUUGGCUUUCUUCCUCCAAUCGAUGACCAAUCAGCCUUCAUCUGUAGGUGGCUCGCGGGACAAAAGCUUUAGCUGCUAGCGACUUGUGCAACAAGAAGCGGAGCAUUCCAUCGACCACAAAUCAUGCUGGCAUCGACAUCCUCGACGUAGCCUUCGCAAGCCGCAAUUGGGGAAGAAGAUGGACCAUGGCAAAGUCGGUCGGUCGGUCAUGGCCAAGUGAAGGCCAAAGGCCCAUAGCCUGUCGGUCACGGCAAAGGGUUAAGGCCAUGGCUGAUUGGUCACGGCGAGAAACAUAAGGCCCACAACCGGAGAAGAUGACGGAAAUUGCCGGAGAAGAUGAAGAGAGGCAGCCCAUCCCUGCCCUUAGCCAUUGGUCACCGCCAGUAACCGCCACCACGCUGUCACAGUUCACCACCACCAACCUUUCUGAGACGAGAGAACCCCUUUCGAUCCAUUGUUUAAUUUUCUUUCUUUGCAAACAAACGAGAAAAGAGAACAAGAUGAUGACGGAGUCUUCGCCGUCGUCGUCUUCCUCUUCUUCACUGCCCCCUGGUGUUGUAUUCGACCCAACGCGGAGAGAGAUUUUGCAGGAAUUCUUGGCCAGAAAGGUUCACAAUCUUCCAUUGCCCCACAAUGCUAUCGUGGAGAUGGAUGUAUAUGAUUACCAACCCUGGUUGUAUGCAAGUGGUCAUAAUGGUAAGCACAGUAAGUAUUAUUUCGUAAAAAGGGAGAAAAAAUCUAUAUCUGAAAGUGCGAAGAACCCCAAACGAUGUCUUAAAAGCAAGGGGAAUUCCAGUAAUGGAGGAUGGUGGCAGGCCAUCACUGGUGAUAAGCCAAUCCGAGAUAAACGAGGUCGUAUAAUUGGUUUUGAAAAGACUCUCAGGUUUCAUACCUACAAGAACCAGAAGUAUGACCGUAAAGAGUGCAUUAAAACGGGUUGGAUAAUGCACGAAUACAAGCUGCCACAUCCAACAUUCCAAGAAUGGGUAGUCUGUGGCAUAAGGUACAAUGGUCGAAAAGGGACUGGGCAAGAAUAUGAAUCUCAAAGCGUGGGCCACCGUGAUAUGAUCGACCUGAGUAAGGAGGAGCAAUCGCAAUGCCCUGAUCAGCAUCUUCAACAGAAAGGGUGUUCAAUGUUGGAGGAUCAGCAGGCUCAAGCACAUCAGGAUUUGGCAUACGAUCAAAUCUGUAAUGCUUAUCCUCUACUGAAUAUUGGAUGCCAUUCGACGCUGGAGUUGGACAAUAAAGCCCAAGAUAGCAACAGAUCUCUUCCAUUGAAUGGAUCGAAUGAGCAGAUGAUGACAAAUAGUAACAGAUUAUUAGGCCCUGGUUUUUGUGGGUUAAAUGAUCCAAGCUGGAAUGGGUUUCAGGACCCCCAAGUUCAAUUACCUCAAGUUCAAUCAUUCAGGGAGAGUGAGCUUGAAGAUGGGAUUGUUUAUUAUGAUUUGUGGUCUUAACAUCCAUGUUGAUUUUAGUAUAGUGUUGUUUAUCUUUGUUUCUUAUUAUUUUUGAACAAUCUCUGUAUCCUAUUUGAAUCAAUCUCUUUGGGAAAUCCUUACAAGCU